CUGCGGGAAGCCCCCUCCCCCCUCAUGCUGCCUUCCCCACAGAUGCCGUUCCAGGGCCUGGUGCCUCAGUCGCCCCCUCAGCAGAACAUCCAGCCAAAAAAACAGGAGCUGCGGGCGGCGUCGGUGGUGCAGGGGCAGCCGCUGGGCGCGGGCAAGGAGGAGAAGCUGCACCCGCACUCGCACUCGCCCGUGAUCCGCACCGAGACCUUCAGCCCCCCCCUGCGCCAGGAGCCCCCCAAGGGCCACCCCGAGGGCAUCAAGGCGGCCCCGCACCUCCCGCAGCGGCCGGAGCUGAAGGCGCUGGAGGGGGGAGGGGCGCGCGCCGUCAUUCGCCCCCCCGAGCCGACCCCGCCCCCCCCCGACAAGGAGCGGCCGAAAACGGAGCCCAAAACCCCGGUGGCACCCAAAAAGGACCUGAAGAUCAAGAACAUGGGCUCGUGGGCGUCGCUGGUGCAGAAGCACCCGGCGGCGCCGGCGGCCGCGGCCAAGUCCUCGAGCGACUCCUUCGAGCAGUUCAAGCGGGCGGCGCGCGAGAAGGAGGAGCGCGAGAAGGCCCUCAAGGCCCAGGCCGAGCAGGUGGAGCGCGAGAAGGAGCGGCUGAGGAGGGAGCAGGAGAGGAUGAGGUCCCGGGAGGACGAGGACGCGCUGGAGCAGGCCCGGCGGGUGCACGAGGAGGUUCGGCGGCGCCAGGAGCAGCAGCAGCAGCAGCAGCAGCAGCCGCCGGCAGCCGCGGGCUCGGUGCCGGUGCCCGGCUCGGUGCCCGGCUCGGUGCCCGUGCCCGGCUCGGUGCCGGUGUCGGCGGCGGCGGCGGCUCCGCAGCCCCCGGGCCCGGCCGGCUCCUCGCAGGCCAUGCUGGACCAGCAGCGGGAGAUGGCGCGCAAGAGGGAGCAGGAGAGGAGGCGCCGGGAAGCGAUGGCGGCGACGAUCGACAUGAAUUUCCAGAGCGACCUCUUGGCCAUUUUCGAGGAGAAUCUUUUCUAGGAGAGGCGACUCCGGCCGGGAAUUUUGACUUUUCCCAAAAAAAAGAAAAAAACAAAAAACCCGGAAAAGAAAAAAAAAAAAAAAAAAAAAAAAAACACAACAAAAAAAAAAAGUGGAAAAAUAUCAAAAAAAAAAAAGAAAAAAAUUUCCUUUUUUUUUUUUUUUUCUCUCUUUUUCCCUUUUUUUUUUUUCCUGGCCAAAAAAAAAAAAAUAACGCGAAAAACGAGAAAAAAAAUGAAAAAAAAACAAA